AUGCUUUUGCAUGAUAUUCAAGAGCUCCAGAAUCGUGUGGAAGAUUCAAAAUCAAAUGAGAACGAGUACCCGAAGACGUUAUCGGCCAUUUCCGACGCCUACAUCUUCUGUUUUGCAAUAUUCCUAGGCCAUCAUUAUUUUACAAAUAUAUUCGCUGGAAUUUUGGUGUUUUGUGUGGAGCGCACGUUCGCCUCAUUUCUCAUCACAGACUAUGAGCAGCAUCCAAGAAGCUAUAUAUCAGCGAUACUAGUGACUAUUUCAACGAUCGUCACCAUGUUCAUUUCCGCUAUGACACUUACCGAUUUCUUUUCGAUUAUCGCCAUCCUCGCAAUGACAUAUGGAAUUGUGACAUUACUCUUGAUAAUUUACGCGCUUGUCUAUUUCUACAACUAUCGCCUUCAUCAUAAGAUCACACGAACGAACUCCAAUGAUAUGUACUCGCUGGCAUUUCGCUAUCAAUUACGCGAGAAUCUCAAGGCGUUCAAGCUAGCCCGUCAAAUCGUUGCAAUUCUGAGCGGAUUCGGCGCCUUGAACGUGACUCUAUUAUGCGCGGUUUAUCUGAAUGUCAUCCCAAUACCCAUGGAUAUUGUAGUGCACUCGGUCGAGCAUGAGAUCAAUUUAAGUCCUCUGCUGUUCUGCGCCGUAGUGAUCGUCUCAUUCAACGAAUGGACGAAGGCGUUCUCGAAGCGUCUUUCGCGUUGCCGAUUCAUUCAAUUUUUCCAUUUGUCCGUUUCGAAGGCGACCGUGCAGCCGGCAAGAUCCGAAGAAACUGAAUUAUAUUUUAUGCAGCUCCAGAAUUAUUGGCUAUGA